AUGAUGAGAAAAAUAUGUCAAAUUUGUUACAGCCCAGACAUAAUACUGUUAGAUGAUUAUUUAUACUGUGAGAAGUGUGAAAUUUACUAUAAAAUGGAUAAUAAUAAACAGAAAGUUAGCUGUUUGCCAAUUAAUCAAAGCAAACAAAUAGAUUUUAUAUUAUGUGCUAAGUGUAAUCACAAUAUAAAGAAUGACACCGAGAAUGUCAUAAUUUGUAGGACAUUUAGAGAUUUUUACCAAAGCUUUCCUAUUUGCAGUCUUUGUAAGGAAAAGAAUAGUGAUUUUAUUUCAAGACUUUUUCAUAACAAUUUCUUAAAUUAUAAGAAGGAAGGACAAGUAUUUAGAAUUGUCACUAAAUUCUUAUUUACUUUUAUGAUUGUUACAUAUAUGGCUCAUAUUUUAUUUGGAUUUAUGAGAAAUAUGCUUAAUAGAUCACUAAGUUAUUUUUAUAAGAGAGUUUCUAUUUAUUUAUUAAGAUACUUCCCUUUCUUACCAACUAAGUUUAUAGAAAUUUUAUCAAACAUUAAGGAAGAUAAGAAAGACUACGCACUUAGUUGUUAUUUAGUAACUAAGAUUAUUAAGAAUUUCUUUGGAUUUAGAUCAUUUAUUUAUUUAUCGUUGAUAUUCUUAAAUCAGAUGAUUGUUGCACCUACACAAAUUGAUAGUUCUAUGAUGCUAAUUGUCAUGUUAGUUAAUUGGUGGGUUAUUGACUUUAUCGUUUUUUCUUUAAAAAUAUUUGAAAUAUGUUUUACAUCAGCUAUCUGGUAUGAGAUACCUUAUUCAAGACUGUUGGAUGGAAAUGAUUUACAUGGAUUUCUUUAUAAGAUGAAAUUGUCUAAUGAAGUAUCAAAAUCACAGGAAUUUUUUUCAAUGACACUAUCUCCUAAUAAGAGACGUUUUUAA